AACUUUAUAACAAUUAAGCUAACCAAACGGAUUCGGAGAUUAUAAUUAAGUGAAUUUAAGUGAUAAGGAAUGAGCAACAUUUACUGUUUUAGUAUUUACAUUUAUUGAUCAUUAAGAUCCAAAUUUUGAUUAUUCAAGUGAACAUUUGUAUCGUUUUAAAUGGCUAGAAGUUCAUCUCGUCGACGUUCUCGUCGUCAAAAUGAGGAAAGAUAUUCAAAAGAACAGAUGUUGGCUGAAAUUCAAAAAGAAAUCGAUCAAAAAAAGGAAAUUAUUCAAAGCAAAGGAAUCGAUGAAAAUAAACUUCGAGAAGCCUUGAUUCAGGAGUUUAUUUCAAAAGCAAGAGCAAGUCGAACAAGAAAUGAUUCCGAAGAUGGUUCGGAAUCGGACGCAAGUGUAGGGAAAAGCAAACGAGGAGGAAAACGUGGACGCCGUGGGCGAAGAGGAAGAGGCCGUCGUCGAAGAUCAUCAUCUCGUUCGUCAAGACAACGAAGGACAAAGCCAAAAACAAUAGACAGUUCUCAAGAUCAUGCUGAAGAUUCCGAUGGCAAUCAAACCGACGACUCAAUUGAUUCUUAUCCUGUCACCACAAAUAGAGGACUCACAGUGGAAAAAAUGUUAGAAUCAUUGAUAAAGAAAGAGCUGAACGCAAGUGAACCCGAUCGCGAUUCACCUGAACCAAUUGUUGGUAGACUAAGAUCAAGUGAUACGCCAUCGCUUACAUCAACGGCUAAACAGCAACAAAAACUUGUCCAACUUCAACCUAAAGCUGAACCUAAAACUCAAUCUCCACCUCAACCUCAACCUCAGCCUCAACCUCAACCAUCCAAACAGGAUCAACAGACUCAAACACCUAAAAUUGGUAGGCCAAGAUCACGGUCACCAAGCUUAGGCCGACGAAAGGUUCGAUCUUCACCCAAUCUGACCAGUACAGUUUCAUUGCUUAAAGAUGAAAAGCUUGAGGGAAGUGAUGAUAUGAGUUUGAUGCAAAUCAUAUUUUGCUUUGUUGCUUUAGGAUUUGCUUUGAUAAUGUUUGUUAAAUUGUUAAAUUGAAAUAUGAAUCGGAAUCAAAUGUUAUUCAAUAAACUAAACUAUUGACUAAAUU